AUGGCCGAGAAAGAGAUCUCUCAGCAUCCCGAUAGCAUGAAUACACCAUACGAGAAGCAUCUUGACAGAGAACAACAUGCUGGACAUGAUAAUGGCGGCCUCAUUAGUGACGCUCUUAGCAUUGAGAUUGGAACAACGGACAAUGAGGUAUUCUCCAUGAGUGAAGUUGAUCCAGUCCUUGAUGCGAAGAUGCGACUCGUGAACAGAACCUUGAAUGAGAUAGGGUGGACGAACAUGCACCUCAAGCUCUUCUUCCUGACCGGCUUCGGAUACGCCGCUGAUUCUCUCAUUCUUGCGCUGCAGGCUGUAACUUCAAGUCAAGCUGCUCUCGAGUUCCAGCCGUCAUUCCCAUAUGGUCUUAAUGUGGCCGUGUACACGGGCAUGCUGGUCGGAGUGCUGUUCUGGGGACUAGGCGCGGACGUGAUCGGCCGCCGUUUCGCUUUCAAUGUCUCGCUCUUCUCUUCGUCCGUCUUUGCGAUCGUCGCCGGGCCAUCCCCCAGCUGGACCGUGCUUGCAACAUUCGUUGCUUUAGCAGCCUUCGGUGCCGGCGGAAAUCUUGUCCUCGACACCACUGUCUUCCUCGAAUUCCUCCCAAGCAACAAGCAAUGGCUGAUCACACUCCUGGCGUGGAUGGCGUAUCCGCUUUUCUACGUCUUCCUUCCGGACUAUCUUGCCACGCGCGGCGCUCAGACCGGACAGUCAGGUCCCUACUACCAGUGGAGAAACUAUAUGCUCAGCAGCGUCGCCGGCAUCUUUGGACCCGUAGCCGCUGGCCUCAUGUGCAAUGGUAAGUGGCUGGGCCGCAAGUGCACCAUGGCUAUUGGCGCCCUCAUCACUAUGGCACUCUUUUUCGCCUACACUGCCGUACGGACCGCGGCUCAGAAUGUGGGCCUUAGCUGUGCUAUUUCUUUCUCCCUAAACAUCUACUAUGGUACUCUCUACGCGUAUACUCCAGAGUCUUUGCCAUCAGCCCAUCGUGCGACAGGUAAUGGAAUCGCUGUCGCGUUCAACCGAAUCAUGGGUUUGGUCUCCUCAUUCGUGGCUGCGUACGGCAACACUGCGACGUCCGUACCGAUAUAUGUGUGCGCUGCCCUCUACAUAGUUAUGGCUAUUGUGGCUGCCACUUUCCCCUUCGAGCCAUACGGCAAGCGGGCUAUGUAG